CCCAUCAGUUUGGUCCGGUUCCGUUUUCUUUGAAGUACACUGGUUAUCGGCAACAGCACCAAAAACACAACACUGGCUAGUUUCGAAGUCAGAGUUUCCAACGCGCUCAGCAGCAUCUGCUAUUGAAAGGCUUCAAUUUCAAGGACGCUUGCAGCUCUCAAGGGCAGAAAUGGUGUCCAAAUCUCCAAAGAAAGCCAAUCUCUUAGAUCUUCAUUCCAUCAAGAACAUCCUCGACGAGUCUGUCUCUGAGAUUGUUAAGAGUCGUGGCUAUGAGGAAGACGUGAGGUUGAGCAACGUUAGACUCUUCCUUGGAACGAUCAUAAUUAUCAUUGCUCUGUUCGCCCAGUUUUACAAGAAGAAAUUCCCUGAGAACCGGGAUUUCCUCAUUGCCUGCAUCGUGUUGUAUGUAGUCUUCAAUGCCUUGUUGCAGCUGAUCAUAUACACUAAGGAGAAGAAUGCCAUUCUGUUUACUUAUCCUCCUGCUGGAUCCUACGUUGGUACUGGUUUGAUAGUCUCCUCCAAACUGCCUCGAUUCUCUGACAUGUACACUCUAACCAUUGCAAGUGCAGAUCCAAAAUCAAUUUCUGCGAAUGACCCAGUGCAUUUAACCAAAAGUGUUACUCAAUGGUUCACUAAGGAUGGGAUCUUGGUAGAGGGCCUAUUCUGGAAGGACGUCGAGGCAUUGAUAGAUCAAUAUACUAAAGAACCAAAGAAGAGCAAGUGAUGUGGAGACAGCAUUGCACAUUUUGUAGGAGGAAUAUUAUAUCUGGACGUGUUCACAAACGUUGAAGUUUAUAACUGUAGAUUUGUUUCGUUUGAUUAUGGAAUUAUGGCAAUAAAACUCCUUAGUAUUAGAACACAACUUAUUAUUACCUUUUGUUGCGAGGAAAGAUGAAUCUCGAUAUGGUUUGCCGUAAGGUCAUGCUUGGUACCAGCGACUGCGAGGCUUUCUUUAGGGAAAGGGAAAAGGUUUUUUUUUUGGAUGGGUGAGGUAAAACAGGUCCAGAUCAUAUUUAAUAUGGUUGCAGUUGGAGAAGGAAGAAUGAGUAUUUACAUUUUUACA